AUGGGGCCGAUGGACCGUCUUUACGACUCUGACCCGGCAAAAUGGACGAAGGCUUUCCAGGUCAACGUGUUGUCGCAUCUAUACACGUUCAAAUACGCUAUCCCUCAUCUCCGGCAAACAGAGGGAAAGGUCGUCUUCACGACAUCUGAUGCCGGUAGAGCCGUAUUUCCAGGUUGGGGAUUUUACAGCAUGUCGAAAACAGCUGUGGCGUUCGAGGUACAACAGCUUCACCUCGAAGAGCCUUCAUUGAUCGCCAUUGGCCUGAGGCCCGGACUCUGCGAUACUCCGAUGCUUCGUGGGGUGAUGGACGGUACAUAUGAAGGAUGGUCACAGGAAGACGCGGCUGCUUUUAAGAACAUAUCCGCAGGCCACGAACUGAUUCCUCCCAAGGUUGCAGCCAAAGGAUUUGCUUAUGCGGUUGCCAAGGCAUCACGAGCACUUUCUGGGUUUGUUUACGACUGGAACGACCCUCAGAUCCAAACAUUGAUAGGGUAA